GACUUCUCCCUGAGCUGCAGCCCGAGAGCAAGGAAGCAGAACUCCUUAACCCGCAGCCUCUCUGACCACCCUGUUGGCAAAGACCCGCAGGCCAUGAGGACUGGUCAAAGACAGUGAGAGGCCUCGAAAGGGUAAAUCCCUGUGCCCCGCAGUCCUAUCUCCCGCCCUGACGUCCCUGCACAUCGGCCAGAGUGUUAACCGUAAGCGCGUGCCUGUAUGGCCGCUUUACUGAUGCCACGCAGGAACAAAGGGAUGAGGACCCGCCUGGGAUGCCUGUCUCACAAGUCAGACUCCUGUAGCGAUUUCACAGCUAUUCUUCCCGACAAACCCAACCGCGCUCUAAAGAGACUAUCCACAGAAGAAGCCACGAGGUGGGCAGAUUCCUUUGAUGUGCUUCUGUCCCAUAAGUAUGGGGUGGCUGCGUUCCGCGCCUUCUUGAAGACAGAGUUCAGCGAGGAGAACCUGGAAUUCUGGCUGGCCUGUGAGGAGUUCAAGAAGACCAGGUCAACUGCAAAGCUGGUCUCCAAGGCCCAUAGGAUCUUUGAGGAGUUUGUGGAUGUGCAGGCUCCGAGGGAGGUAAACAUAGACUUCCAGACCCGAGAAGCCACGAGGAAGAACAUGCAAGAGCCAUCCCUGACUUGCUUUGAUCAAGCCCAGGGAAAAGUACACAGCCUCAUGGAGAAAGACUCUUAUCCCAGGUUCCUGAGGUCCAAAAUGUACUUAGAUUUGCUGUCCCAAAGCCAGAGGAGGCUCAGUUAGACCUCAUAUGGGGACUCUUGGAGAUCACUGGCUUUUCCCCUCCCUUUGCUGCCAAGACCAUAUUCUAACAUGAAAUCUCAUAGGUGUUCAAAAAGCAAUGGCACUUAGGUUGGGAGCCUGGGGAUGAGAAGUGGAUGAAAGGCCAUUCCAAAGUAAGAUCCAGUCACCAGAGCUUGGACUCUAUUCCAUUUACCCAUGUUUGUGUUUCGGUUAGUGGUAGCACCUUGCUGCUGUUACCUUUUUAUUGGGUCAGCAAAUUGCCCUCCAUAAUGCCUUGGGUCAUUGCCGCUGAGAAGGCAGAUUUGCUAUGCUGGGCUAUGUGUAAAUAAUGCAAAUGCAAUUUUCACCACUUCCACACCCUCCUCAGUUAGGAUUCCUGACUCUAACUUGUACCAUACCCCUGUGAGGAAGAGCUUAAAGACUCUGGCUCAUGUUUGUGAUUUGCUGUCACAAUGUAACGGCCAGUCCUGGGUGCUGGGACCUCACAAUGGAGAGAGGUCUCUGGGGAAUCCCAGGUUUCUAGCACUGUCAUUAACAGGUGGCCUUGGGAGAAGAGGCAAACUCCAUGGCUAUUUCUUCCAUUUCCAUUGGACCAGUAUGAGAAGCUGUGAUCACUGCCCAUCUUAGCCUAGGAAAUUCACAAGACUUUUUCACCCUCGCAAUUCCAGGGAGGGGCUUGGGAGAUGUCUUUCAUGAGUUCUGGUGUGGAGCUGCUUUUAAGAAGGAUACAGCUUGCAAAUCUUCUUCAAUUCUACCAAGAAGUAUUCCAGAAGUCAAAUGACCAGGGAACAUAGCACCAGUAGACUUUUGUGCAAUGGGGCACCAUAUAUCCUUUCCGUUGCUUACUGUAUUCUCUGCCCUCACCUCCCUGAAGCAUCACACAUCAUGAUCUCUUUGACAGACAGCUUGACAAAGGGAGGUGAAUUCCCAUAGCAUGGACAGCUUUCAUGGUGCCUAAUACUUUCCUUGUCUCUCCCUGUCCCCCCUUCCAUGCAGGUCAUGUAAUUAUGAUGGGGGAGAAUGGGAAUUUAGGCUGUAACUCUCCAGCUUGCUUCCUGGGAGCAUGCUUUCUUAGAAAGGUCUCUCUCAUGAGGGCCACCUUGGCUAAUCAGCAACUUCCUACUUGAUCUCUGACCUUUUGGGAUUGAACAUGGAACAGGAGGUGAGGCUAAGAUCACUGUGAACAUCUGGCUGUGGAGAAUCUUCCUAAAAUGCUUUCACGGUACCCUGAGGCUGCUUUUGGAACUGUGUCAGGAAACUCUUCCUUGGAGGACGAGCAUAAAGCUCUAGCUGACUGAGAAAAAGUGGACUUUGGCACAAGUCUGUAAUGCCCAAGAUGUGACUCCUUAGCAGAGAGACCAGAAAGUGGAAGAGGAGUCUAGAAGAGGUCAGUCUCCAGCUGGACCAAAUCACGGAGAAUAUGGUGGAGGUACUAUUGGGAUAAUUCACAGCCAAUGGAUUUGGAUUCAUUGCAGAUCUCCAAAACUUUCAGCUUGACUAAAUGAAAGAACUCUGAUUAGGCACAAGCUCUGGAGUUCCGGUGACUGAGAACUGGGUUGAAGCAUUCUCUCCGUGUGGGGCGAUGGGCCUCUUUAGAUGCAGCAGAUUCCAGCAUUUGCAUUCCUUUCCAGACACUCUGUGAAACUCUUUCUUCUUUGGCUGCAGCUAGACAAGGCCAAGGAGGCUCUUGAGUUGACUGGUUUUAGGGUCCAUUGCCCUGCCAUGACACAUUGUAUCUGUAAGUGAGGGUUGGCGAGUCUCUCUGAACCACCAAGGAGAGCAAGAACACAUGCCACCUGGCCCUCACACUGAAGCAUCCUGUGAAAUCUCAUGUUCCAGAACUCUGAAGCCUCGAACGGGUGUUCCUAGUUAGAUCAAGUAGUGUCCCCCUGCCCCCACUGGUAAAAAACCAUUCUUAGCUAAAGCUGCCAGAAUUAAUUUAAUGAUCGAAUUCUUGAACAGGGUAUUUUAAACAUUGUUUACACAUGAAAUGUGCAACUUCUGCCAACUCUACUGUUGAAUAUGAGCUGCACGUAAGUCAGAACAGCACAGAGUUCCCGAAAAAUGGAAUGUCUAAGAGGGGCCUUUUUACCGCUUCCACUGUCCCCAGAAGUCUGCACAAGAGUGUUGGGCCGUGGCCUCCCCUGAGGCCUGGAGUUUUUGCCAAUGGAAUGAAGGCUGCAGAUGGCGAUGUCAUGGCGCCCGGUGACUCCCCCCCAACGAUGGGGAGGCGUGAAGGACCAAGCUAGGGUGUCCUGAUUUUGCCGCUAUGGGAGGGUAUGUGGGCGUGUGUCUGUGUGUAGAGGAAUGCGAUAGCUCUAUUUAUGGUACUCCCGUGGAGUGUCUGCGUGCGUGCGUGCUUAUGUGACCACUGUGAGCGUGAGUCUAGUACCCCACAGAGAUGGUCUUCCCAUGCGGUGGAGCUGUCCUCACACCCUUUCUGUCCUGCUCUCUGCUCUCUGCUCCGAUGCCUAAGUUCAGGCACUUAGGUCAUGCCAACCCAGAUUUUGGUCUGUGAUGAAACAAAGAAAAAUGUUUACAACAUCUAGAGCAAUAUCAAAGCAUACCUCAUCCCUGACCUUCCAUGUCUCCCCGUCCUACCCUCUCUCCUAGUUCCUCUUCCAUGGGCCCUUGUCUGCCCCACUAGGUGGGCAUUUGCAGGGGCCCCUUCCAUGUAAGGUCUUCCUUUGGUCCUCAUGCCGGGCUCAUGCUGUGGACUGCCUUCUGGGCUCAAGGCUUGCUCUGGGCCUGGGCACUUUGAAGACCCAGGGCAAGCCAGGGCAGGAGGCCAGGCAGAGCGGUGGAUUUUAGGACUGCUCUCCACCCCGCAAGUGGCUUUUCGGCCCCACUUGAGUGUCAGCCUGUUUUUAAGCUAGUGUGAGAUUACCUGUUGCCUUGGGCAAACCAAAUAGAACCUAAUCUAUGACAACCCUUCGUAGUCCCAGGGUGCCUGUGGGGUAAGGACGCCCAGCAUCCUCGGAGUGUGCCCAGGGCUUACUGGGAAAGCCUGUUACAAGUGCUAAUUCUCAGGACGCACACCCAGAGAUGCUGAUCCAAAAGACUCGGCGGGGGGGGGCAUCCAGAAAACUGCAGUUUUAGUAAGUUCCCACGCAGUAGGCUUGGGAAAAAGAUGGUCUAAGACAGUGGCUCGCAGCCCUGGCUGCUCCUUGGAAUCCCCUGGCGACUUUUCAGACCUAAAUGUCCAGGUCCCACCCCAGAACAUCUUGGGGAUGGGACCCAAGGCAACAGUUGUUUGUUUAAAGCGACUCGGGUGAUUCCGUGUGGAUGAGGUCAGGAAGCACCGGCCUGGGGAGUGAGGAGGAGCACGGCUGAGAUUAACGGGGGG